CGGACGGACGCGAAGUGAACCACAAGCGUUCGCUUCGUAGCGGUACGAACUGUCGUACGUGGGUCGGUGAGUUGUUCGGAGUGGCGGGUAGAGUGGCCAGGUCUUUUAGAUAUAAAAGUCGUUUAGUCGCGUGCUGCGUGAUUAUCGGGUAAGAUGUCUGCUUGUACGGGGACCCAACAACAGGAUAUCCAGCCACGAAACGGCGAUAGCAACAUACCAUCAUCCCCUCGGAAAAAACAGCGGACAUCUAUACCUGCAGGUCCUCUGUCCAAGGUUACUGUCGUCCUGGGAGCUCAAUGGGGCGAUGAAGGAAAAGGAAAAGUUGUAGAUAUGCUCGCGACCGACGCCGACGUCGUCUGCAGGUGCCAGGGGGGAAAUAAUGCCGGUCACACAGUAGUUGUCGAUGGUGCAGAAUUUGAUUUCCACCUGCUGCCCAGUGGAAUCAUUAAUCAAAAAUGCAAAUCUGUUAUUGGUAAUGGAGUGGUUAUCCAUUUGCCAGGGUUGUUUGAAGAGCUUGAGAAAAAUGAAGCCAAAGGUCUGAAAGACUGGAAAGACCGAUUGAUCAUAUCUGAUCGGGCACAUAUAGUAUUUGACUUUCAUCAACAAGUCGAUGGGUUGCAGGAAUUGGAAAAAGGUAAGCAAUCCUUGGGAACAACGAAGAAGGGAAUUGGGCCAACUUAUUCCAGUAAAGCGACCAGAAAUGGACUUCGUAUCAGUGAUUUGCUCAGGGAUUUUGAAAAAUUCUCUGAGAAAUUCCACACUCUUGUACGGUGCUACCAAAGAAUGUUCCCAACUUUGGAGGUUGAUAUUAAGGCAGAGUUAGAACGCUAUAAAGGCUAUGCGGAGCGCAUCCGACCAUUGGUAAAGGAAACUGUCUACGUUUUACACGAAGCAUUGAAAAAUGGAAAGAAAGUUCUGGUCGAGGGAGCAAACGCAGCAAUGCUGGACAUUGAUUUUGGAACAUAUCCCUAUGUUACAAGUUCUAAUUGUAGCAUAGGAGGAGUUUGUACAGGCUUAGGUUUGCCACCUAAUACUAUUGGCGAAGUAAUAGGAGUCGUCAAGGCCUAUACUACUAGGGUUGGCGAUGGGCCAUUUCCAACCGAGUUACUUGAUGAAACUGGGGAAUUAUUACAGAACAGAGGCCACGAGUUUGGUGUUACAACCAAGCGUAAAAGACGUUGUGGAUGGUUAGAUUUGGCUCUACUGAAGUUCACCGGGAUGGUCAAUGGAUAUACUGCUAUUUGCUUGACCAAAUUAGAUAUUUUGGAUACUCUGAAAGAGAUUAAAGUCUGUGUUGGAUAUCGUUUGGAUGGUAAAGAUAUUAAUUAUUUCCCGAGCAAUGCUUUGGAUCUUGCCCAAGUCGAGGUUGUCUACGAAACGGUCAAGGGAUGGGAGGUAAACACCGAAAAUAUACGUUCUCUGGAAAAUUUACCACCCAACGCUCGUAAAUACGUUCGACUCAUAGAGGAGCGUCUGGCAGUCCCAGUUAAAUGGAUUGGCGUUGGAGCAGGCCGGGAGAGUAUCAUCGCCCUUUGACCAUCUGGUUGGCAUCUUAGCUCUCUAGAAUUAGACACGAUUUUUCGUGUGUCUGGUGGCUAUAAUAUUCUAACUCAAAUUUUAAGUAUAUUAUUUAUAAUUGCCAGUUGACACGCACAAUAUGAGGUAAGUAAUGAGAAGAAGAAGAUGAAACUGAAGAGAAGACAGAAGAGAAAAACGUGAAGAAGUAUGUGUGAAAAAUAGAAAACUGCUACAAUCCACAUUAGACUAUACUCAGUCUAUGAGCAGAUUUAAACCAUGUCUUCGCCAAACUAUAAAUUUAAUUUAAUUAAAUUGAGAAUAAAUACAAUAAAAUAAAAUGAAUUCAAAUUGAAUACACGAACACGAAAACACUUAGUUACAGUUGAUGAGAUUUCAAAAGCAUACUAUUAAGUAUGUACUAUUUGAUAAUCGCCCACCGAUUAAUUAUACUUCCAAGAUCUGGCCUAAAUUUAAUCUGAAAGAAGAUCGUGGAUGUGUAUUUUUUGAUCCUUUUCCACUCACACUAGAUAUCUACUUUUUUAAAUCUCAAUCUAAAGCUGCAACGUCUUAAAGCGCAAUGUUCUACACAGUCGUCUCAUUACUUAUUUUUUUACCUGUUUUCUCACUUAUCGCUGUAAAACAUAUUUCGUCAUCCGAAAAGCAGAAAAAGACUAAACUUCAUUAACUAUUUGCAGAUUAUUGUGAAAUCUAACGUGAGGAAUAAGACAAAUUCUGGGUAUUCUAAAUUUAAUUUUACUGCGAACGAGGAGGGAGGAGUAGGAAUAGUCACUGUGUUAGUUAUGUACUUCAACGUUUCAGUUCGAUUACAAACUUUUGUCAUUUAUUUAAAAUAAUAAAUGAAUUGUUACUGUACAAA